AUGAAUUUUAACGAGAAAUACCGCAAGAAAAAUCUUUUUCAAGCAUUGCCCCUUGAGCUAGGACUUCAGGUCAUUGGCACCGUACUAGGGUACUUUGUUGCUACUUUGGUGACCCCCAACGGCCAAGUGUGGAUUCCACGAAGUCACCUGUGGUCUAUCGUCGGGUUUCAGGUCAUGAAAAUGAUUUUUGUGAUUCUCACAAGUGGUCGUGACUCGAACCACCUCGUCUACGACACUGCUCCCAAAGAUCCUAAUUGGAUUUUUGUGGGCCCAGAGUUCCACGCUCUCCACCACGUUUAUCCAGAUCGCUAUAUGGGAUCCUUCAUCAAAUUGUUUGACUGGGUAUGGGGCACCGCCUACUCCUUCCGAGGAAAACACUUCGUGAUCACCGGUGGAAAUGGAGUUUUCGGUCAAGCUAUGGUGACAGAGCUAGAACGCGAGGGAGUGCAAAACAUUCGCAAAUUGAAGUUUGGUAGUGAUUGGGAUUAUGACCACUUUGAGAAAGCAGCCUCGGUGCUUUCAACCUGUGACAUCCUUAUCCUGGCGCACAGUACGAAAGGAGAAGAUGCCAUGAAAUCAAAUUGCGACUCAGCGGUGCGACUGGUGCAGCUAUUCAAGCAGUACAGAGAGACAAACACAUCCAGUCCAACGCUUCCUGAAGUAUGGUAUGUUGGCAGUGAAACUGAAUUGCUUCCGUCAUUUGGAAAUUCAGAGUUACAACGCUUCUCUGACUCAAAACGACGCUUCCUCCCACAUGCGCGUUCAUAUUAUGAUGAUGACGACAUACUUUACCGCCACAUCGUUCCAUCGGCUUUCCAGUCAUACAUGGGGUCCGCUGUUCUUUCAGCAGGCUGGGCGGCUAAGUGUUCAAUGUGGUGGAUCCGGAGAGGUGCUCGCUACAUUCCUGUCUCCUACACCGGGGUUGCCUAUCUGAAUUAUUUCAAGUUUAUGUACUGGUUACCAUAUGUACAGGAUAUGAAUAGUCUAUGA